CCAUUGUCAGUUCAUCAUUGAUGCCACGUCUUUGUUCCUCCCUUGUGGUGGGUUCUUGCCGUGUUUUGUGCAGGAAUAACUUGCGUGCUUCUUGGACAGGAUUUUGCCAGUACUCCAGCCUGGUAGAUACCAGUUGUUUGCCUAGGGAACUUUUAACUUUUGCUGUGGAGUUGAGACACCUUGAAAAACAUCGUCGGAAGCUUACUGGUUCACCACGCGCUGCUGUGUUGGUUCCCUUUUGCCUUUAUCAGGACCAGUUGUCCCUAUUGUUUACGUGGCGUUCGUUGUUGGUUGGAAGCCAUAAAGGCCAAGUGAGUUUUCCAGGUGGCAAACUGGAUGUUUUAGAUAGAGGUGAUGCUAUAAGAGCGUCACUCCGUGAAACACACGAAGAAAUCGGAAUAUCACCGGGAACCGUUGUGACGCUAGGUUUAUUUGAUGACUAUCGUUCAAUCAACGGAUACAACGUGACCCCAGUCAUUGGUUUUUUGGGUCCAGUGGAGAGGCAGAAAUUGAGAGUGAAUGAAAGAGAAGUACAAGAAGUCUUCAUGCUUUCUCUUGUUCAUCUCUUGCAAGAGUCUAAUAUGCGAGUAGAACACACGUCAAGAGGUGAUAUGCCCAUAUACAAUGGAGGACCAGUUGAGAUAUGGGGGUUGACAGCCUUUAUUUUGCGUGAUAUUCUCAAAAUAUUUCCAAAAUGAGAAAUGAUUGUAUUGUAAAUGAUUUAUGCUUUAUGCACAUUACAAAUGAACUUGUAGAAACAUCU